CCUCCCCGUCCGGUAAUCCAGACACUUUCGACAUUAACUACGUCAAGUCACCUUCAUCGAGGCAUUUCCGAAAAAAAAAGCCGAGUAAUCAAAAAGUAAAGAAGCUAAAAAAAAAAAAGCAAAAAAAGUUGUCAAUGUCUUCCGUGGGAUAAAGAAUUCCGGGGGUUUCGUGAAAAUCCGCCUUCAACGGCUGCGUACAAACCUAGCGAUGACCUUUUAAAAAUAAUUCGUCUUUAGUUUAUUGUUGCAGCCCAACCACCAUUGAUUACUUGUGAAACUUCUUGUCAAUUCAGACUAAUUCACACGAAUGUUAAUGACACUUGUCUUUCCUGAAACUUCAACAAGCCUACUUCUUUUGUUAAUUACAGUUCCAUUUCACAGUUAUUUCUAAGCCAUUACACAAAAGUAAUGAGUUUCGUCCCUCGGGGAGCCGCGAGUGUGAGCGGACGACACCAAAAAAAUCAACAGCACUCAGCGAAGUGUUUACGGAAGACUAGAUUAAAGUGCGCAACGUCAUACAUAGAAAUGAAUACAAGAUUUACCCAUAACAGCAUUUCAGGAAAACACAUCUACCUACGCUUAUCACAAAGGUACAGCUCGUUUUAAUUCGACCGGUCGUCAGUUUUGGAUAACUAACGAAUGAAAAAAAACUUUAUGUGACAAAACUGCAAUUUAAUCUAGGGACAUAACUUCAUUUUUUACGCUGGUGACUUCAGUCAACGCUUGUGGCUGUCAUUCGACGCUGUCAGAAUUUUGCCGAUAAUAUCUUCAUGAAGUUUAUAGUUGAAGAUUAAUGAUUACCUGACGGUGAACGGCUGGCCAUCUAGUUCUAUUUUACGGUUUUGGUGACGAUUUAUUUGCGUGUUUGUGGAAUACUAUCCGAUUCUAACAUUAGAGUCGCUCAAGAAGCCAAAGUGGGUUUGUAUUCACCUAAAAUUUCGGCACCUUUAAUUUUCAGAGAACAGUGGAUCGUAAACAGGUAGGCGAGAUGAACUGGAAAUAUGACAAUAUUUCGAUAAUUAUAUACAUGUACAUCGCAAAACCUUUUAACAAAUGAUGAUCAAAUGAACUCCGUUCACAAACGUGCCCAUCGAUGUCUCAAUUGCGCUUCCCAGGAAAUGAAUGUACGACUAGGUUGGUAAAUGACUAAACAAUAUUCUAGCCGCAAGGAAGAAAGGUAAAAAUUAAUUACGACCUCCAAAAGCCUUAAUCUUGCUUAAGGAUUCAAUUUAAGGAAGGCAGAGAGAGCCGGUCUGAGUAGGUAAAAAAAACAUAACACUAUAUAAUAGAAUCACAACUUGAAAGGAUGACGAAGGCGGUAUUAAUUUGAGCCAUCUGUUGUAAGAGAAAGCCAAAAUGCAAAUGCAUGUAUUCACAUUAUGGCUUUACUAUAUGAAACACACGAAUCCAAUUACGAGGUUAAUGCGAAAUCUCAAACAACUAGAAUCUCGCAAAAUUCAAAAUGAAUCGAGUUAAUGAGAGGAAGUUUACCAUCAAAAUGAUGAUUGUUUUCUAGAUUUGCAGUUUUCCGAAAGUGCACAGAAAACAAAUAAAGAUGCUAGAAAAUCGCUCACUGAAAAUCAAAUGUUUGAAAAUAAAAUAAAAAACAAUACCACUUUAAUUCACUAUCCAUAAAGAUCGCAAAUUUGUCAUAAUAAAUGGAGCUGUCAGGACAAAAAUAGCCCCCAGGAUAUGUCAAAAAGACAAGUGUCUCUCCUCGGCCUAUUCUGUGUCAUAUCAGUUACAGGCAACAAGCAGUCUCACUGACUAGCCGCAAUUUGAGCCUUUCUACUCGGAGAUAGAGUAUUAACACUUGUGUUAGCUAGGUUAACACACGCAAAAUAGCAAAGAACGGAAGCACUAACAUAUUGCGCGUUGUGUUCGCCACCAGACAUCUUUGCGUUGCUUUUAGCGAGCGGAUGCCCUACGUCGCUCGUCAGGGGAAAGACGCCCGCAGGAGAACAAUCUCGCUCAAAACCUCGACGAAAUCUUCACACGACUGUAUGUAAUUGAAAAAACACUCGUAUUCAGCUAAAUGGAGCAGUGCUGAUAUCGCUGCGAGAAGUUCCGCACGAGCAGUUGGCUGUCAAGUCAUCGCUCUCGGCACUAUUAACCAUGGAAAACACAACACAAGCCACGGGGGAAGAUGACAAUUACCUCAACAACAAUACGGACGACGAGGGCUUUUCUGGCAGCGGUGGAUUUUCAGGAGAAGAAGACCUCGGUUUUAGCGCAGAAUUCGACACAUACCCUAUCGUUCUGGCAAUUUUUAUCAUCGCCGUCAACUUGACCGUCAUAAUCCUCUUCAUUCGCAACCGCUCCCUCAGAACUGUCACUAAUUCCUUCCUUGUAAGCCUUGCCGCCAGUGACCUCCUCGCAGGUUUGGUUGGAAUUCCUGUGCAAAUCUGGUGCUCAGCUAUCAAAGACAACACGAUCUGCCCCAUUUCACUUUUAAUAUGGCAGUUUAUCUCUGUAUCUACAGUGCUACAUAUUUUGCUUGUGUCCGUCGACCGCUACAUCGCAAUAACCCACGCUAUGCGAUACCACAACAUCGUCACAAGGAAAGUUUUCUUCGCCCUAACAACCCUCGCGUGGAGCGCAGCCGCGUUCGUACCUCUUAUUCAACUAUCUUGGCGCGCAAACGUUAACAUGAACGAAGACGAGGAAGAACACGCGUAUAAAGCUCAGAUGAUAUUCGACCUGAGCGUUUUUGCACUAUUUUUCGCAGUGCCACUUUUUGUGAUGGCCUUCAUCUAUGCUCGCAUUUUCACCACAGUAAGGUACCACGAGAAACAAAUUUGGCGAUAUCAUAGCCCUUCGGACCCUGCACAGUCACCGAACGGAAAAUCCAACUCGCGAAACAGUCAGAACAGUGCGCAACAAAAAACCGCCGCAAUCUUCCUGGCGAUGUUAAUCGUGUUUAUUAUUUGCUGGCUUCCUUAUUUCAUCUUGAGCUUUCAAGAACGGCUAAGCCACGAAGAUUUUUUUCCGCCGGUUUGGGUGCAAUAUGUAUUUUACUACUAUGCCAGAUUUUUCACCUCGUUGGCUAAUCCAUUGCUGUUCGUUCUUGGAAAGAGAGACUUCAGAGAAGCGCUUCUUUGCGUGUUUUGUAAGAAAGACAAAGUAAGAAGCGAGAGCCGGGCGAGUACAACGCUCACUGCGUUCUUCAGCGUGGAACAAAGUGCUCUCGGUGACUCGACAAAAGCAAUCGCUUAACCCUUAUAAUGAAACGAUAGUACUGCGAAAGAACGCUACGAGUGGCUGUUUCAUGGCUUGAAUUAAGAGCACUGACCACUGAAUUAUAAACAAUUUAAAGUGGUUUCACCAGGACGGAACUAAUCAUUUGACUUUUGGCGCAAAGGGGCUUGGUCGGGCUAUUUUUAGAGUUCCCUGCUUUCUCUCUUUAGUUUAAAUUAUCGAUUCAUUCACUCAACGAUGAAAUCUCUGUUCUAUUAUAAACCGAAGCUAGCGAAUUCCACGCCUGUGGAAUAGAUUUAGGGCGCCAUUUACAAGCAAAUGAACACAAGCUGGAUUUGUCAAGGGCUUAACAGGGUCGCAGGCUUAUUUUAGCAGGUUUCUAGGUCAGCCUAAUUUAUAUGCCACCUGAAAGAAAAAAGCUUGCCGCUAUUUGCAAAGAACUAUAUUUUAGAUCUCACAAAAUACUUUCAUUAGCUGUGUAAAGACUUAAAAACCUUUCUUUAUCAUGAAAAACGGCAACUUAAAUUGGCAGAAUUCCUUGUUUGCUGAGGAAGGCACUUAAAAUAACGCUUAGUUUGGAACGUCCGAGAAAAUGGGAUAAAUCCUUUACCUAAUUUGCACAUGCGAUUCAACACAGUUACGAAGGAAACUAGAGAAAUACCACACAGUAUUUAAAACCAAAUCUAAGUAAGCGCGUUAGCCUUGUUUUAAAAGGAAAUUUAAUUAUGUUCCCACAUAACAAAUACGGCCAGAAUAUGUCGGAAGGAUAAUCCAGUCAAAUAUAAAUGUGCCUUGUAGAAUUUAAAUGGUAUUCCUUUUGCGGAAGUAUGGAAACAAAAUCGCAUCAAUAAAUUUUCACGGUAAGGCCGAUAUAUAUUACACGUAAACAUAAAAAACAUAUGGAUAUAAAUUACACGGAAUUUACAAGAAUAACUAUGAUUUGGCAAACGAAGCUUCUACAACAAGCUGAUAGAGGAAGGAUUUUAAGCCGUAUAUUUUAAAGACUUUAAAGUAUUAUAGCACAUGUACAAGAAUAUAAAGAACAUAUUGCUAGAACAGAAAACUUGUCCAAUUUUCCUUGCACCCCGGGCGAGUGGAAGCAGAUAAGUGCUGUUAUUACAGUUAUCGAGGGAACGUUUUAAAACACAGCAGAAUAAAAGCCUGCGGAAAAUCAGCCGUGGAAUUUACAGAUAACAUAAGUAAUUACGCUCACAUGGCCAUUUUGUAUCGAAUUAAAAUUCCCAGCAUACGCGGCAUGAAAAUAAAUGAUCAGUGACAUCAGCGUAAUUGUCGGAAAAAAGCCGCAGAAAAGAAAGCCAUUACUUCCAUCACUUUUACUUUUUCCCUUCGGCGGAAAUUUAAGACUGCGAACAUAAAAGAGAUUACAAUCGCCUAACGCGAAAUAAUAAACGUAAUGCUCUUUUAAGCGCGAAACCAAAGAUGAUUGUCUAUAAAAAGAGAUAAUUAUCUUCCGAUUCUUUAUAUUUAUCUCCAAUGGAUACCGCUUGGCGCUUGCCUUGAGCUUUAUAAAUAAAGACAUAAUUUUGUUUAAAUCAUAGAUGAGCGGUGAACCUACAAAAGGAGUGGUAAGUCCAUAAGACUUACGCAUUACUUCCCAGUGUAACAAAAACUGAAACGUAAAAUAAAACUUGAAAGGAAGGAACGGUUGUGACCUCAUGCUGUUUGAACUCGACUGACCUGUACGCGCGUUUAAUAUAAUCACAAACUGCGAUCGUUACGCGCUAUAAACAAGUUACUGCUGCAAACUACCACACGUAAUCGUAAUUACUAACAGACUGUACCGGGCUGUGUUU